GUACGCCAGUCUCUACUUCUGCUGCGCCAUUGAAGGGCAGGACAACGAGCUCAUCACGCUGGAGCUGAUCCACCGCUACGUCGAGCUGCUCGACAAGUAUUUUGGCAGCGUCUGCGAGCUCGACAUCAUCUUCAACUUCGAGAAGGCCUAUUUCAUCCUGGACGAGUUCGUCAUGGGGGGGGAGAUCCAGGACACC